AAGCAUACACUUUUAUUUUGAAAAUCCCCAAGAGGAAGUAGCUCUUCUUCGUUGCCUCGGUUCGUCUUCGUCUCUGAUUUGACUGUUGUCACCAGCAUCUUCACCAUCCUCCCACAGCACAACACUGUAUCUGAACUGCAACACAAUGGGGCCGUAAUGACAGCGACGAGCGAGAUAAGAGCGUCUUCUCGAGAGUACUGAACCGGUGUAUGGAUUUAAUGAUGAUGAAGAAGAAGAAAUUCAAGUUUAAGGUGGAUUUUGAGCUGGACGAGCUCUCGUCUGUCCCCUUUGUCAACGGUGUCCUCUUCUGUAAAGUCAGGCUACUGGACGGCGGCUUCUCCGAGGAGUCUUCACGGGAGCCGGUGCAGGCCAACUGUGUUCGAUGGAGGAAACGGUUCUCCUUCCCCUGCAAGAUGAGCGCCAAUGCAGGGACGGGGGUGCUGGACCCCUGUGUGUGCCGGGUGUCCGUCAGAAAGGAGCUGAAAGGUGGGAAGGCAUAUGCAAAGCUUGGUUUUGCGGAUUUGAAUUUAGCAGAGUUUGCCGGCUCAGGGAAUACAACUCGCAGAUGUCUGCUGGAAGGCUACGAUACCAAAAAUACCCGCCAGGAUAACUCCAUUCUCAAGGUCAUCAUCAGUACACAGCUCAUGUCAGGGGAUCCCUGUUUUAAAACGCCUCCCUCCACAGCCACGGUGAUUGGGAUCCAGGGGGAUGGAGAGAGCCUGCUGGAGGAGAGGAGGGGAGGAGACUCCCAGAAGGGUUGUUCUGCAGAGAGUCGAGAAGGGAAGUGUCCUGUUGUUUCUGAUGAUCUCGGGGGGUGCGGCCACUCCCGAACAUCCAGCUACGCCAGCCAACAGUCCAAACUCUCAGGAUACAGCACAGGUCACUCCCGCUCCUCCAGCAUGUCAGAGUUCAGCCACCGGAGAAACCAUUCGGUUGGCAGCGCCUCGACGGGCAUCGGCAGCAUCCCGGAGCCCAGCGAGGACCGGGACCGAGAGUCCAGACCCUGUCCCGCUCUACCCGAACACCCGGUCCCCGACGCCACCGCUAGCAACCCGGCGGGUACACCAGUAAGGAGCGCGUCGUCCUGUGAACGACUCAACAGACACCCUGUGAAGCAGGACUCCAUGGAGUCUCAGCUGAAGAGGAUGGACGACACGCGGGUGGAUGCUGACGAUGUCAUAGAAAAGAUUCUCCAGAGUCAAGACUUUACACCCAGCCUGCUGGACUCCAGCGCUGAAGAGGAAGGCUUGCGUCUGUUUGUCGGCCCCGGGGGAAGCACGGCCCUCGGAAGCCAUCACCUUCCCACCAGGGUGGGAGCUGGAGCGUACGAGCAGGUGGUGAUAAAGCGUUAAGACCUGCAGCCUCUCACAGGUGGACCGACACCGCUUGCAUCAAAAAGAACACUGGAGGCAAGGCUGUGUCAAAUUCAAUCUGCAUUCCUACAGCACACACACACGGCCUGCUCAGCACCCUGUCUGACCUCACAACAGUGCCCUCCUGUGUUCAAGAGUCCUGCAGGACACAGUAGCUCGCCGGUAGAGAUGAACCGUUAUUAUCUCGGGCUAAACAAACACACAUGAAGGGAAGAGACAAAAGAAAAUAUUACCACGUAUGUAACAAACUCAUUUUCUGGGUGUAGAUUAGCCUCAUCUGUUUGAGGCCAGCAUCCGAACCGACUCGAUUUAAACUGUGAGGAACCGAAAGAAAACGGUGAAUCUCUCUUUCUAAUGGAGGACACUGGGACAGGCUGUGUGUGUGUGCAUCAUCAGAAGAGUAUGCAAUGCGCUUUCAAUACAUUCCUUUAGGCUCUCAGUGUUUGUUUUAGACCUUCCUCUUCAAAUAAGAUGUUCUUUUUAAUAUUCGCCUAUAAGCUGCUAAAAAAAACAUUGUUGUAGUUGGCGCUCUGACAACCGUCGCUGUUUGAAGUUGAGAAUGUUUUACUACAAAGACGAGGCCUCAGACUCGAGGUGUGUGUGGGUGUGUGGGUGUGUGUGUGUGGGUGUGUGUGUGUGUGUGUGUGUGUGUGUGUGUGGCAAAGACCACUUUAGGUAGGAACCGUUCUCCUGUUAUCCUGGAUGAGUGGAGGGAUGUGAUGUGUUCUCGUGGAAAGCACGAACAAUUUGCUUAAUCGUAAACAUAAGAUGAUCUUAUUUGUUUGCCAAGCGGUGUAGAAAACCCGACAGUACUAUUUUGCCUUACAAAGGUUACAACAUAUUAGUUCAAAUCUUUUUAACAUGAACUGACAUCUUGGUGAUCCAGUGAUCUUAACAGAUGUCGGUGACCUCCAUCUCUUCUUUUGACUCUAGUGACAUUAAUGUGCUUUGGUGUGUUUAAGCUACCUUCAAAUCACAAAUGUAUUCCUUUAUAAAUUAUAUUGACUUUACUAUAAAUAUAUAUCAAUAGAUAGACACCCAGAAAAACAGAUACAUUUAAUUCCUGUAAUCUAAAGACAAUAAAUAAUCAAAAUAAAGUUUAUUUUUGUAAACAAGGACAAGAAGGCUGAAAGAACACAUUUAGUGGGUACAUACACACGCUAUCCCGUCAAACUCACCAAAGAUUAUCCAAACGCAAUAUCGGCUUCUUUAUGACAAUUCUGUUUUUGGGGUUAAGAACUCAGCCUAAAUUAUAGAAACAAACGUAGUACUGUCUGCCUUUGUGGAGCAGUAAACACGGAGUAUGAAAGAGGCUUCUGUGCUGAAUCUCACUGUAGAAGGGCAAAUAUCUCGUGUAUCUAUCGUGCACCUCUACGUCUGUCUGAGCAGGAAGCUUCCAUCAGUGAACACAUGAAGGACCCUGUGACCUACCAACAAUUGUGUUUGUGUGACUGUUGCAUAAAGUAAUGUGUUUCACUUAAUGAUUGUACAGAGAAGGACUAGUUAAGUAAUCCACUGCCAUGAAGAAAAUACUCAACAGCACUUAAAAAAACAAAAGAGCACGAGUGAUAAUUCUGUGUUUGUGUCUGUACCUCCUAACAUCUUAAAACCACUUUAAUGAUCCAACACAAUCAAUACAUGAACGAUCAGUCAAUCUAAUCUCAAACAAAAUAAAUGUAAGGAGAGUCUUUGCCUUUCCAGUCUAAUUUAUUCAGAUUAUUAGAGAACUUGCCAAAGUGCACACCACACUGUUAUUACCCGGGACCCCGUCCGGCCUAUGCAUACUCAGACAAUAUUAAGACUCAUAACUAUUGAAAGCAGACUGUACAGUAUCUGUAAUCUCCUGUCAUAAGCCAUAGUAGAGGUAGGAUACUUCCUCUUCUAGAUAAACUAUAUCUGUGUUCUAUCAAAGUGUCAUCAGUGUAUGGUGUUUUAACUAUACGUCACCGCUCUGUUCUGUGUCUGUACGUUCGGCAUGAUGAAGACGUCCUUCUGUUAAGCUUUUUCCUCAUUUGAUAUGGUGCCAUCUUUUAAUCUGAAUAUUACCACAUCGAAGGAACGACUCCGCUUGCCUCUUUAGCGCGUAGGAAAACAUUUUGCUCUCAUCACUUCCAUGUUAAAGCAGAUGUACGACGUAACUGUAAAUCAGUGUUUUUUUAUUUUCGGCAUGGUUUAAACGUCUCUAAAAAGAUAUCGUCUGUUUUUGAAUCUGUCAGUGCUUAUCUUGUGCCAUAUUUUUGCUAAAUAUUUUAUUGUUAAGAAAAAAAGUGUCACUACAUAGUUAAGACGGUGUUAAGUGUAUGAUUCAUGGCCAACAUAUAUCAACUAUUGGAGUUUUGUGUGUGUUUGUUUUUGGAUAAAAAUCAUUUGUUUUACCUGUGUGACACAGGUGUGAUUAUCUCGGUACCUAACAUGUUGUUACAAACAUGGUCUCUUCUUCUCUUCUGUGAAGCUCUUAUAAGACGUAAAACGUAUUCUCCUGUAAAGUGAUCUGUUGUGACGCUGUCCAGUGGUUCCCGUCACAGACUUGUCCUCUCGGCCAACGUUUUCUUCCUGAACGAGUGUGCUGGAUGCUUCAAAUGUGUACCUUGCACUGUUGAAUAAAACCAUCUAAAACCUUGA